CUAAGGAGUGAUUUGUUCAGUUCGUGAGUAACCGCCGUCGUGAGACUAUGUCCGCCCCCUAAUACGGUGAAAUCGUUCUAGAUAUUUGCGGUCCGGAUACUGCAUUGCAAACGAAAGAUGCUCUGAAAGUGGUUAAAAUAUUUCCUCCUUCUUUAUUAAUGUGCUUUCCACAUUUGAAUAAUCUAUAAUAAACACAAUCAUUUCCGAUUUUUAUUUGUUUUUAAUAUUGUAUACCAAUUUUAAUUUGUUCCUGUAAUUUAUCAAGAUGAAAUGGGGAGUACGAAUAGCAUCAUGGCUGUCUUCUCUGAUACUGAUGAUACUACAACCAGUCUUCUUGUAUUUGAAUCGUGUGCAACCUCCGAAACUACCCCCAACGAAGAACUCUCUUCUUCAGCUCAGCGCUACUGAGUUGGCAAAGAAAAUACGCCUCCGGCAAAUUUCAAGUGAAGCUGUAGUUGCAGCAUACAUUGAGCGGAUAAAGGAGGUGAAUCCAUUCAUCAAUGCUGUUGUUGAUGAACGAUACGAAGAUGCUCUCAGAGAAGCUCGUGAUUGCGAUAAAAUGCUCGAGAGUGGACAGGUCACCAUUGACAAAAUAACUGGGACUCAACCGCUUUUUGGUGUACCAUUUACGGUGAAAGAAAGUUGUGGACUUAAAGGUCUCAGUCAGACCGGUUGCACGAGAGUGAGGCGAGGGAUCAAGGCCGCCGAAGACAGCCUCAUUGUAGCAAGUAUGAAGCGGGCCGGUGCGAUUCCACUAUGUGUCACUAAUACCCCAGAACUGUGUUCUGGUUUCGAGUCAACUAAUCUAGUAUAUGGGACUACCGUCAAUCCAUAUGAUGGAAGGUAUUCAGCUGGGGGAUCUUCCGGAGGGGAGGGCGCACUUAUAGGAGCUGGUGCUUCCCUCAUAGGGAUUGGUUCCGAUCUUGCCGGAUCCAUUCGAAUCCCGUCACUUUUCAAUGGCAUAUUUGGACAUAAACCCACACCCGGAAUAAUACCAAUCAAAGGGCAUUUCCCAAUUUCGAAUAAUCCCAAGUUUCAAACGUACUUGGUUGUCGGCCCGAUGGCCAGAUUUGCCGAGGACUUACACUUGGCUGUCAAAGUAAUGUCCGCAGACUGUAAGCAGAAUUUACGGCUGGAUGAGCCCAUUGAUAUUGCCAAGCUCAACGUAUUUUACAUGGUGGAUGCCGGGCGGACUUUUGGAAUAACCCCUACGAAUAAAGAUACGAGAAAUGCCAUUUUCAAGGCUGUUCAGUAUUUUGAAAAACUAGGUGCAAAUGUUAUCAAAGCGGAGAUGGCUGAGAUGUCGGAAAGUUGUGAAGUUGGAAUUGGAUCUUUGUUCGCUACGACAGAAAUGCCUCCUAUUUUGAUGCCCUCUACUACAAAAGAUAAUGUGAAUUCCGCUUUGGAACUUCUUAAAUCAUUGGUGGGACAAUCUGAGUACAGCAAGUCGGCGAUUUUCAUGAGCAUCUUCAAAGAUUUGAAUGGUUGCGUAUUUCCUUCUGAUGGACCAAUUUAUUUGAAAAAAUUGGAAGACCUGCGGAUCAAACUCUUGAAACAACUCGGGGAUGACGGAGUCUUCUUGUAUCCAACGUUUACACGUGGAGCUCCACUACUUGGGCAGAGUGUGUUUCACAUAUCAGCUGGAAUGUACUGUUUGCUAUGUAAUCUCCUUGGGUUUCCAUCCACGCAAGUACCCAUGGGGCUGGAUGCCAAAGGAUUGCCCAUAGGAUUUCAGGUAUUUGCUGCUCCACAUCAAGAUCGUUUAUGCCUUGGCGUGGCGAGGGAACUGGAGAAAGCAUUUGGGGGCUGGACACCACCGACUAAGAGUUAAUCACUGUGUGCCAAGUGUCGUUCAGUUUUUACACUUCCUGUCAGCACGAUGAGCACGAAAUUCCCAAGAUCGAUGAUGGAUAUAUGGAUUGGAUAUGAGUAAAAUAUAAAAAACUUUUGUAAUCAUAAAUUGAAAAUUGUUAUUGUGAAUGUUCUAUUGAAUUCCCCGGACUAGAUGAACCGAUACAAUUAGACUCUAUUAUGUAUGGAAGAGAACAAUGGAUAUAGAGAUACAAAAUGACUGUUAUUUUUUAGAUCGAAAAUAACUGUCAUGUGACGCACAAAUAUUCUAACUACGAGUGAUGGUUAUAACUAAUUUGUAAUUUAUGACGGAUAUAAAAAAAAGUUUCAUUUA